ACCCCCCAUUCCUCUUGGGUCCCCGCGGUUCCAACUCCAUUCAGGCAGGAAAAGUCUUUGAAUUGGGUUCUGGUUUCGUUUUGGGCUGGAGGUAGGCAGGUGGGGGUCAUGGAGAGAAUGGGGCUCAGAGGUUCUGCCCCAUGGACCAGGGGUCUGAAAACGGGAUUCCCUUUUUCCAAUACACAUGCCCCCCUAUCCCCCACUCCCAGGCCAAGCUGCAGACGGCUGCAGCUCCCCCUGACCCGGUUCCCCAGCCAACCGCGUAGACGCGUCAGUGCUUCGCACACGCACUGGCUCACACUGAACCAGACGCCCAGGCCGGAGGGUCCGAAAUGCUGGGGCGGCCUGCGGCGGCCUGUUGUUGUGCUUGGGCUCCAUCGUUAUCCCUGAUUGGUCAGACCGCCCGGCACCACACCGCGGCCUAACUGCCGGUCUCCGGGCGAGAGCGGGGCAAGCAGACACCCCCGCCCGCGACCCGCACCCGGGCUCCCGCCCCUCUCCCGCGGAGGAGUGGACAGCCUAUUCAGAGGGGCCGGUCUCCCUAAAUAUGCCCCAGGAUGACGGAGCGGCCGCCGAGCGAGGCGGCACGCAGUGACCCUCCCCAGGAGGGACGGGAGGCGGCCGAGGCCCGCAUGGCCCCCCCGCACCUGGUCCUGCUGAACGGCGUCGCCAAGGAGACGAACCGCGCGGCCUCGGCCGAGCCCCCGGUGAUCGAGCUGGGCGCGCGCGGCGGCCCGGGGGGCGGCCCCACCGGCGGGGGCGGUGCCGCGCGGGACUUAAAGGGCCGCGACGCGGCGGCGGCCGAAGCGCGCCAUCGGGUGCCGACCACCGAGCUGUGCAGACCUCCCGGGCCCGCCCCUGCGCCCGCGCCGGCCCCGGCCCCGGCGGAGCUGCCCGGCGACGGCCGGAUGGUGCAGCUGAGCCCGCCCGCGCUGGCGGCCCCCGCCGCCCCCGGCCGCACGCUGCUCUACAGCCUCAGCCAGCCUCUCGCCUCGCUCGGCAGUGGGUUCUUUGGGGAGCCAGAUGCCUUCCCUAUGUUUGCCACCAACAACCGAGUGAAGAGGAGACCCUCCCCUUAUGAGAUGGAGAUUACUGAUGGUCCCCAUACCAAAGUCGUAAGGCGCAUCUUCACCAACAGCCGGGAGCGAUGGCGGCAGCAGAAUGUGAAUGGGGCCUUUGCUGAGCUCCGCAAGCUGAUCCCCACACAUCCCCCAGACAAGAAGCUCAGUAAGAAUGAGAUUCUCCGCCUGGCCAUGAAGUACAUCAACUUCCUGGCCAAGCUGCUCAAUGACCAGGAAGAAGAGGGCACCCAGAGGGCCAAGCCUGGCAAGGACCCCAUGGUGGGGGCUGGAGGAGGAGGUGGCGGGGGAGGCGGUGGUGCACCUCCAGAUGAUCUCCUGCAGGAUGUGCUGUCCCCCAACUCCAGCUGUGGCAGCUCCCUGGAUGGGGCAGCCAGCCCGGACAGCUACACCGAAGAGCCUGCACCCAAGCACACAGCCCGCAGCCUCCAUCCUGCCAUGCUGCCCGCCACUGAGGGAGCGGGCCCUCGGUGAUGGGCCUGGGACCAUCCUGGGCCAGCCAGGAGGGUGCCCUCAGGCCGCUGGGACUGUGGGCUUCAAGGCAGGUGGGCAAAGACUGGGUAGCUCUGAAGUAGGGCAAUGGACUUGAUGAACUUUCCUUGAUGCCUGAACUUUGGGAAGCCCAAACUGCCCUGGGGCUGGCUUUUCACUUCCUGCCUCAGUAGGAGAACAGAAAAAUGGAGCAAAGUGGUAGGUACUUUUUAUGAAGACGGCACGGUCUUGCCCCUUUCCCAAAUCCCUAAGACUUCUCAUGUAAGAGGCUCGAGCGGCGCUGCUUUUGGCCUGGAGCUUGGGAGCCCAGUCUUCGCUGAGACCUGGGGUUGUCAUCUCUCACCUGAGGCAUUCAGCAAUCUCUGCCUUGCCUUUAGCCCCCUCCUAAGCAGGCUGGGUGGCUUUGCUAGCCACUCUACCCAGAUAUAUAGGUACCCAAUAGCUGCCCAUUUCCUGAGCCCCAUCUUCACCCCGGCCCAUGUUGGUCCAUUCAGCUUGCCACCUGCUGCAGAGUCAAGCCUCAAGGUGCCUUCCUCAGGGCCUGGUUGAAGAAGAUGGCUGGUGGACCACCUGCUCCGGGUUAGCUGGGCCAGAGGGGCAGAAAAGCCAGGGGACCGAAGCUUUGCUUUCUCCCCACUGAUAUUUGCCUUCCUAAUCCUUGUGGCUGUGGGGACUGAGUCUGCAGCUGUGAGCAUGUCCUUUGGGCUUCGGGUGAAGGCAGAGAAGGAAAAAAAUUGUUAGAGGGAAUUGAGCAAAUGCUAUUUGGGGCUUGUGGGCUUCAAAUCCUGGUAGUGUCUCAGAGCUUCUCAUCACUGUUCCAGCGGCGAGCAGAUGCCACUGUGCUGCUGGAUGGGCAUGUGUUGGUGCUGAGAGGAGACAGGAGCCCCGUCUGUGCAUUCUCCAAGAUGCUCAGAGGUCCCGCCCUGUUGCAGGAUGUCUGUUAGCUAAUGGUCUGGUCGGUGUUCUGAGUGGAACUGAGCACACACUCUGUCCUAGGAAUUCCUGGCAUUUGGGAUUUUUUUUCCCCUGGCACUUGGGAUUUUUUUUAAUUUUUUAUUUCAAUUGUUGGUGGGAUCUUUAGGUAGAUAUGACCCAGGAUCCAGCUCCACUUCUAGGACAUGGUAAUGCAGUCAGAGACCAGGCCCCAGCUGAGACCCGAAUGGAUGCACAUUCACUGAGCAGAAUCUUAAACACCUUUGACCGUGUAACUUUCAGUCAUCACGGGUGUGAAUGGGAGGCUAGCUUAAUGCAAUGGGAGUGCCCCCCUCCAAAAGUUGUACAUGGCAUUUUUGUAAAUCAAAUCCUUAUCCUUAAUCUUUUAAAGAAAUACUACUGCUAGUCCUUUUGUAAGUGAAGAAUCUUUUUGUAGAGUGGACCAUCGCCCCUCGUUGAUCUCCUGUGUCAAUCCAAGUGUCGGGGUAUGGUUUUCUUAAGGCUAGGCCUGCCUGUGACCCGCAUUUCAAGCCCAUGGAACAAACUCCACACAAGUCCUUCAUACCUGUCAUUGUAUCCUCAAGUCACCCCAGCCGUCUCCCACCAGGCUCUGCCUUUGAGGUCAGAGGGGAAUGAUCCUAUGGCCCGGCCCUGUCCAUGGCCAUGUGGAAGAUCUUCACAUGUUUUGGGUUUCAGCUCAGGCCUUGCCCUCACUGUGAUGGGGCCUUGGGUACAGCCAUUUGCAGACAGGGAAUGACCCCUGCUCCCCUCCCUUUCCUUUUAAGUUGUGAGGAUGGGAGCACUAUGGUUAACCCUUGUCACUCUCUGUCUAUCUCAUGUCAGCCAAAAUCAUAUUUUAAUGAACAGCUCCUGUGAGGCAUCCCAUCUGUAAAGAGGGAACACCUGUCCUAGGCUGUGCUUGCUUCCCGGUGGGUUAAUUUGACUUGGGGCCACAGUGCGGAUAGGUGGAUGGGUUUUAGGAGAUGGAUCACACAUUCUGUCAGGAACUCAAGCUUCUGGCUCCCUUUUCUCUCACAAGUUAUCUCUAAGUGUCAGUUUCCCAUCAAUACCCUGGCUCUCUGCUCCUAGGACUGAAUGGACAUGAAAGUAGAAGCGUUCUGAGACCAUAAAGAACUUGGUUCCUCUUAAACCUGAGGUGGGGUUUCCAACCCUGAGUUCAGGGC